AUGACAUCAUUUUUAGGUGCAAUGAAUAAAGUGUCCAGAUGGCUGGAUUCUCAUGGUGGAGAGAGCAGAGGGAUACAUCGAUAUCUUCCAGAAGAACGUGCGAAUGUGAAUCUAAAACGAGCAUUUUUAUCGAUUUAUGGCUUGUGGAUCUCAGGAUGCGGAGGUCUUACAUCUAUGUCCUCAUAUUUCCUCGGCUCGUUGAUAUAUGGCUUGGGAUAUAAGGAUACAAUGAUAUGCGGAACAUUUGGAACGAUAUUUGGUUGUCUAGUUGCGGCAUAUUGUGCUACUAUGGGACCCAGAUCAGGUCUUAGACAGAUGUGCUCUGCUCGAUAUUUAUUCGGUCCAUACAUGGUCCGUGUUGUUUCGCUAAUUACUAUUAUUGGCUUUUUGGGAUGGUCUGUGACAAACUCAGUUCUUGGAGGCGAGAUUCUUUCUCAAAUAAAUGGUGGUCAUUUAAGUUUAAGUCUAGGCGUUACCAUCGUCUGCUUAGUUAGUUUAGUUGUGGCUAUAUUUGGUAUCCAUUAUCUUCUGAGGUUUGAGUCUUUGGUUGGGCUUCUGGUCAUUGCCGUGGUGUUUCUAAUGUACAUUAUAGCGGGUCCGGAAAUAGUGAAGUAUUAUGAUACUGUUACCCUACCGGGUACUGAUUCGGCUGCUAAAAUCGGUGUUCGGAUUUCAUUCUUUAACUUGGCCUACUCGGUUACUGCAACAUGGGGUGGCUGUGCCUCAGAUUAUUACGUUGUGCUCCCAGAGACUGUUUCACAAACAACGAUAUUUAUGUCUACAUUUUUUGGUACCGCAAUUCCAACAGUAUUUGGUGCUGUGAUAGGCAUGCUCAUUGGUAAUGCAGCAACGCAGUAUAAGCCAUGGUCGGAUGCCUAUAAUAAUUACUCACUCGGUGGGUUACUUAAUACGGUUUUCGAACGUUGGCACGGAUUUGGAAAGUUCCUUUUGGUGAUAUUCUGGCUUUCAUUGAUUACGAAUAAUACAAUAAACAAUUACUCUUCAGCUUUAAGUGUGCAGCUCAUAGAUAACUUUUUUUUCAAGUACUUUCCCCGUUGGUUCAUUGUUGUGAUCAUCUUCAUAAUAACAUUGGUCUGCUCUUUGGUUGGAAGGAACUCUUUUUCGACUAUUUUGUCCAACUUCCUUCCCAUGCUCGGAUACUGGAUCAGCAUUUAUUUCACCCUUCUUUUUGAGGAAAACGUGAUAUUUCGUUCCACUAGACUUGCAAAACUUUAUCGUUAUGAAUUAUACGGAGAGGAUUUUGCUUCUGAGAGCGACAUCACAAUUCAGCCAACAGAGAGAGAGAAAACAGAUAAUAAUGCGGGUGAAGGCAUUUCUAUUCUUCAGAAUUCAUCACAGCGGAUAACUGAACAGUUUCCUCCUCCUUUGGCCUCAACGAAAAGUGUUCCGUAUUACAAUUUCAACGUCUGGAACGAUACAAACUAUCACACAAAAGGCUUUGCCAGCAUUAUUGCCUUUUGUUGUGGUGUGGUUGGUGCAGUGAUGGGCAUGAAUCAGGUUUAUUAUACAGGUCCAAUCGCUAAACUUAUAGGUGAAUAUGCUGCAGAUAUGGGAACAUUUUUGGCUAUUGGUUUUGCUGGUGUAUCGUACCCAUUACUACGUUAUGCUGAGUUAAAAAGAUACGGAAAAUAA